AUGUCGCUUGGAGAAAUUGCUUGCUCAUACGCACUUCUCAUCCUCGAAGAUGAUAAAAUUGCCGCUGACAAUAUCACCACUUUGUUGAAAAGUGCUAAGGUUGAUGUCGAAUCAUACUGGCCCAGUCUAUUUGUUAAACUUGCUGAGAAGAAAAAUAUUAAGGAUUUGAUUGCUAGUGCUGCUGGUAGUGGAGCCCCAGGAGCUGUUGCCGCUGCCCCAGUUGCUGUUGUCGCUGCUCCCGUGGUCGAGGAGAAAAAGGAGGAACCCAAAGAAGAGAGCGAUGAUGACAUGGGAUUUAGCUUGUUUUAUUAGGUUCUGUUUUAAUAUAAUUCAGUCAAUUUUUGUUGUGGUACCUUUAGCUAUCUGAAUAUUUUCUACAAAUUUUUAGUUUUGUUAUCACUUGUGUCCAUUUGAGGAUUUGGCAAGUAAAUUUACAUUAUUCUGUCUUCUUUUCAUUGUUU